ACUUUUAUAUCCUGUAAUCAUACUGGUUAUAGUUUUGACUGUUUCCCUCUGAGAAUCCUAAACCACAUUUGUUACUAUUGUUCUUUUUGUGUACACUUCAAAAUGAUUGACUUAAGCUUCCUGACAGAGGAGGAACAAGAUGCUAUUUUAAAGGUUCUGCAGCGGGAUGCAGCCCUGAAGAGGGCAGAAGAGGAGAGAGUCAGACAUUUGCCUGAAAAAAUUAAGGAUGACCAACAACUAAAGAAUAUGAGUGGCCAAUGGUUUUAUGACGCUAAGGCAAAAAGGCACAGGGACAAAAUCCAUGGUGCUGAUAUCAUCAGAGCAUCCAUGAGAAAGAAGAGGCUCCCAGUGUCAGCUGAGCAGAGUAAGGACACAGCAAUGAGGGCAAAAGAAAGCUGGGUGAAUAAUGUCGACAAAGAUGCUUUCUUUUCCCCAGAGCUAGCUGUUGUGGAAGAACCAGAAGAUGACACAGCUCCAGCAGGCCCAAGUUCCAAUGUGGUGGAUCCAGCUUCCACUGUGAUUGAUACGUCCCAGGAAAAUACAAGGAAUCCAGCUGUGUCUUUGCCCAAGCAAAGGAAGAAUCCAUUUAACAACUCUAAGCUGCCAGAAGAUCACUCACCACAACAAACCAAAAAUGAGCAGUCAAAAACUGGAAAAGCUGGUUUAUUUCAGAUUUCAAAAGAGGGUGAAUCAUCAGAAUCAAAAGAGAAGACAUAUAGCCCAGAUAUUUCAAGUCAAAAGUUUGAGAAACCAAAGCAACCUGUGUCUCCGGCACCUGAAAAUGGGUCUCAAAUCAAAGCUCCUAUCCCCAAGGCCAGGAAAUUGAUCUACAAAUCAAAUGACUUAAAGACAGACAACAACCAGUCUUUUCCUAGCCAAAGGAGGGAUUCCCUGAAUGCCAGAGGAGCACCAAGAGGGAUCCUAAAGCGCAACUCCAGUUCCAGCAGCACGGACUCAGAAACACUCCGUUUAAAUUACAGCUUUGAUCCAAAAAGCAAAACCAUAUCACCUGGCCUAACCAUUCAUGAGAGAAUUUCUGAGAAGGAACAUUCUUUAGAAGAUGACUCAUCCACGAACUCGCUGGAGCCAUUAAAGCAUGUGAGAUUUUUUGCGGUGAAGGACAAACUUCCUCAGAGUCCUCGGCCUGCCCUUGGCCAGGAAGUAGGAGAAUUUACUGUUUUAGAGUCUGACAGGUUGCAAAAUGGAACAGAACAUGCAGGGGGCACAGACGAGUUUCAGGAUCACCAAAAGCCCUCCCACAAAAAACAUUUGCCUCUUUACCAGUCAGUGUCAAACUCGAGUGUUUCAGAAAUGGAAACACACCAGCCAAUGUCUUCUGGGACUGCUCUAGGUGAUGGGCUCCCUUGUCACUCAGACAUUCUACCCACAAGACCACAGCCUGUUGAGAAUUCACUUAUCAUCAAUGAAUACCAAGAUAAAUCACCCUAUCUAACAAGAGGUGAAUCAGAAUUGUCCAAAAUCCCUGAGGAUGAACUGACCCCUUGUGUCAAACCCGAGCCAUCUCAGACAUCAGAUCACAGUUUUAGAGACCAUCAGCAAGGUAAGCCCCUUCUCAUGGCUUUCAAUGCUCAGACAUCCUGGCACUCAGGUCCAUGUGCUACUGAGAUAAGGAAGACAACUGAUGAUUCCAUAUCUAAAGUGCUAGACUGGUUUAACCGAAGUUCUCAUUCAGAGGAUGGUAUGUCAUCCCUCCAGAAUCUCCAUGGGAUAGAUGUCAGACAGCAAACAGACUCAAAGCCACAGAUUAUUUCUGCCCUGAUGGCAGACAACACCUGUCUAAAAGAAGAUGACUCAAAGGUCCUACCAUCUUCUAAAAUUAAAUUGAAGCCUGGGAGGUCUGAUUCGACAUUCCAAGAAGGAGAUAUGCAACUUUCUGAAACUUGCCAAGACAGUGAUGUCCUUCUCAAAUAUAACACUGCAAAUUUAUCCCAACAAGAUGCCUCAAAGGAGGGUCCAGAUACAUUGCCAUCAUUUGAAAGCUACAGAAUCCCAAGUCAAAGGCUUGGAAGUAUGGAUUGUAGCCAAGGUUCGGAGAGUAUAGGAGGAGGAUGUGGGACAGUCACUCCAAACAGUAGCUACCUCCUCAGUUCUCUGAAAAGAUCUGAAGUAGAGCCACAAGUUCCAUGGAACUCUAAGCAUACUAGCAGUAAAGAAGAACCCAAGUUUCAUGUGCCCCAGAAAAGUAAAGGGAGCACAUGCGUGAAUGUUGACUCUUCAGUAAUGGUUCUAGAACAUAAUUUGAAAGCUGAUGUGGAGGGGAAGAUCAAAACCAGAAAUACUUCCAUCCUAAAAGCGUCUCUAAGACCAGAGAAUAGUGGGCUGCCACUGGGUACUGCUGACAGUGGAUCUUCUUGGGGAAAGCCUGAAGGCCAAAAAGAAGCUGGUGAGGGUCCCAAAAGCCAAGUGCUGAGAGAGAAAUACAAGCGAGUGAGUGACAGAAUAUCCUUUUGGGAAGGAGAAAAGGCUGAUGCUAAGAUAAAGACAAAAGAACUCACCUCUUCAUGCAGCCAGGGGCCAUCUUCUGCUAAAGCAUCCAAGUCUGUGAAGUCACAGGUCAUGUUCAUGGGAAGUUUAUCUCCAGGCCAGAGUGACUAUGGUCAAGUCACUGCUAAACAAGCACUCUUUGAUGAGGAUAACCAAACACCCCAUCUCUCCAGUUUUUAUUCCUCAAAAGAACCUAAAACAACCAGACCCCCAAUGUCAGGUCCAUUCAAAAACCAUUCUUCAGCUGACCAAUCAAAUAAAGUGCCUCUGCUUCAAACUACUGGCAAUGAAAUACACUCUUCUUUGGAGAAAGACAGAUUUGUAAUUGACAAAUUAAAUGCCAACUUUAAAGUUCUGUCCCUAAGAGAAAGAAUGGAUGAACCCAGCACAGAACAUGUCUAUAGUCAUUCUCAGUUUGAGAAUUUGAGGAAGUUUUGGGGCCUGGGAGCUAAUCUAAACAAUAAAGAUAAAGGUGAUAAUAAUACUGCAACAAACAAACAGAAGUCCAUGCCAUUUAAUAGCCAAAAAUCCAAGGAGUUUGACAGCAUGAAGUCAAGAGAAAAUAUCCAUGAAGUAGAGGAAGGGAGGCAUUUAAGACAGGGAAAUAUUACAGCAGCCAAAGAGAUGGAGAAAUUGAACUCAGAGUGCACACUCCAAGCACCAGCAGAUGAGACCAUAUUUCCACGAAAACCACCCAGAAGGUCCACAUAUCAUUUGGUAGAAAAUGAGCCAUCAAAAGAAAAUGUGGGAAAAAAUAUGGGAUGUUAUGUUGCUCCGGUAAUUAAAGAGAAAAAGGAUGACUCAGAUCAAGAAAUUCAAGAAUCCAUAGUGAAAACAAGCAUUUUGCCUAAAGUCUCUAAAGACACGUUCAAUGACAGGUUACAGAAGUUGCUGGCAGAAAGCACGUUGCCAGCAAUCCAGACUCCUGGCAAGAAAGUUCAUGAACAACAAGCACUCCAAUUAGGUGUUUCUGAGAAUAGGACAUGGUCUGAGGAUGAGGAAGAGGCCACAGGGCCCAAGAAGAUCCCCAGUGAGCAUCUAAAUGAAGUAGCAACAUUCCCAAAGGCUCAACAGAACUCUAGUGCAGAUGAAGCAACUAGAACUUCACUCACUCCCUUCCAGUUGCCAUUGGAACUUGUAACUGCUAGACCCAGCUCCCCAUCUAAAGAUGGAGGAUCAUUUGAGAAGUGGAUCAAACAGAAGCACAGUCCUUCAGCAAAUCAGAGAGAGAUAACAGCUCCCUUUCCACAGGGUCUUGAGACUUCAGAAGAUACAGCUCUUGUGCAGAAGGUUAAACGUUUUAGCACAGAAAGUGUGCCUCAGGCAGUUGUAGAAAGGUCUCCUCCUUUGGCUCAGCCUUCCCAUUCUUUUGAGGGCAUUUCUAGUUCUCCAGCAGAUAUGACUUUGUCUCAGGACACUCAUCUUGGAUCCUGGGAUGACAUAUUGCCUUCUCAGAGGGAGAUUUCAGAGGUUAUAGAGAAAGUUGUUCUUCCCUCCAAACCAGCAAUGACUGACAUAAAUUCUGUUUUAUGGAAGUUACUUGGAGAAGCCGGAGAAGUGAAAACCAAGCUUCCUGAGAGAGAGCAAAGAGAUAGACCCUCAAGUUCUCAGAGAGUGAGCCCUGCUACAGAUGCUGUUGUGCCAAAUAAGAAGGACUUCCAUUCCUUUCACACAGUACCUGGUACAGCUCAUGAAGGUGGAUCCAAUUUAUCUGCUGGAAUGUCACCAUUAGAACAUCUCAUUAGGUCACCUGCUUCAACUGUAACUCAGAGUAGCCAAGAGCUACUUCAGGAAGUGGCAGAGAUGGUGAGGGAAACGGUUAUUCCACCCAAGUUAGAGAGCCUUGAAUUUAGGGCUGGCUUGGAAAAACUGUGGAAGGAGACACUAGAAACUUCCCCUUCAAAAGAUGAGAAGGAUACAGAAACUAUUUCUCCAUCAGCUGUAACAGGUGGUUGUGAGGUGUCCCAGCAACUUGCUUCUGAAUUCCAUCCUAAAGAAAUACAAGAAACUGUAGAGAAAGCUGAGGCUGCAUCAGUAACUGAGAGUUACUUUGAUACUGGUUUUGAGAAACUUCUAAAAGAGGUGUCUGAAGGGCCUUGUCUGCCCCAGCUGUCAGCUAAAGAAGAUACUAGGAAGCAGCAGCCUUCACACGCAGAACAAGCCAGGUUUUUGGGGGAAAUGUCCCAUCUUUAUCUGGAUGCCACAGGAACCUCUAAAAUGAAAGCUAAGAGUAAUGGUUUGGAAUCUCAAGUUAACCAGUGUGAUAAACUAGUAGGAGGAGAUGAAGCUGUGACUGAUUUAUCAAUAGCUGUUCAGGGUUACACAAGUGGGUGUGGGCCCCCUGAAAGCUCAGAACUUUAUGAAGACUAUAAAACAGGGAUCAUUGAAAGUGUACAAUCUGUAGAGGACAGAGGUAGAAAAGGGGCUAUUGCAAGAGGAACAUGGGCUCCCCAGGAACCCAGCUUUGAAGAAGCUCCUAAAGAAGAUGUUGUGUCCAGAAAUAAGCAAUACACAGCUCUCCUAGAAACAAUAGGAAAACCUACAAAAAUUAGUAGAGUUGAAUCAGUACUAGCAACACCAUAUAAGAGACAAAAGAAAGAGCAAAGACUAGAAGCAAGCUCUGAAUCUGAGUUCUCAGAUGGGAACAGCAGUUCCAAUGGGGAGAGCUGGAGAAAUACUUCCAGUUCAGAAGAAGAACACAGCCCUGUUUUGAGAACUUUGGAAAGGAGUGCUGCUAGGAAAAUGCCUUCCAAAAGUCUAGAAGACAUUUCAUCAGAUUCAUCAAAUCAAGCAAAAGUAGAUAAUCUGCCGGAAGAAUUAGUACGUAGUGCUGAAGAUGAUGAAAAAGCAGACCAGGAGCCAGAUACAAAUGAAUGUAUACCAGGAAUUUCCACAGCGCCUUCACUGCCUGAUAAUCAGUUUUCCCACCCUGACAAACUCAAAAGGAUGAGCAAGUCUGUUCCAGCAUUUCUUCAAGAUGAGAGUGAUGACAGAGAAACAGAUACAGCAUCAGAGAGCAGUUACCAGCUCAGGAGAUACAAGAAGAGCCCGAGCUCAUUAACCAAUCUUAGCAGCUCCUCUGGCAUGACGUCCUUGUCCUCUGUGAGUGGCAGUGUGAUGAGUGUUUACAGCGGAGACUUUGGCAACCUAGAAGUGAAAGGGAGUGUUCAGUUUGCAAUCGACUACGUGGAGUCCCUGAAAGAGCUGCAUGUUUUUGUGGCCCAGUGUAAGGACUUAGCAGCAGCAGAUGUUAAAAAACAGCGCUCAGACCCAUAUGUAAAGACAUAUCUGUUACCAGACAAAGGCAAAAUGGGCAAGAAGAAAACACUCGUGGUGAAGAAGACCUUGAACCCAGUGUACAACGAGAUAUUGCGGUAUAAAAUCGAACGGCAAUUUUUAAAGACACAGAAAUUGAACCUGUCUGUUUGGCAUCGGGAUACAUUUAAGCGCAACAGCUUCUUGGGGGAGGUGGAACUUGACUUGGAAACAUGGGACUGGGACAGCAAACAGAGCAAACAGCUGAAGUGGUACCCUCUCAAGAGGAAGACAGCACCAGUUGCCCUGGAGACAGAAAACAGAGGUGAAAUGAAGCUAGCACUCCAGUAUGUUCCAGAGCCAAGCCCAGGCAAAAAGCUUCCUACAACUGGAGAAGUCCACAUCUGGGUGAAGGAAUGCUUUGAUUUGCCACUGCUAAGGGGGAGCCACCUAAAUUCUUUUGUUAAAUGUACCAUCCUUCCAGAUACCAGUAGGAAAAGUCGCCAGAAGACAAGAGCUGUAGGAAAAACCACCAACCCUGUCUUCAACCAUACCAUGGUGUAUGAUGGGUUCAGGCCUGAAGAUCUGAUGGAAGCCUGUGUAGAACUCACAGUCUGGGACCAUUAUAAACUAACCAACCAGUUUCUGGGAGGUCUCCGGAUUGGCUUUGGAACAGGAAAAAGCUAUGGGACUGAAGUAGAUUGGAUGGAUUCCACUUCUGAGGAAGUUGCUCUCUGGGAAAAGAUGGUAAAUUCUCCCAACACUUGGAUUGAAGCAACACUGCCCCUCAGGAUGCUUCUGAUUGCCAAGAUUUCCAAAUGACCCCACUCAGCCGAUUCCACCAUCAAAAACCACUUCCCAGCUGGACCUGAGCUUGAGAAUUCUAACUUUUUAGACAAACAUCCACACUCCUUGUCACUAAUGAUUACUAUGCAAGCAUUCCCCAAGUCAAUUUGCAUGCAUUUCUUUGACUGCAGAGCUUAAAAGAGCUAAACCAGUGACAAGAGAGGUAUGCCCAACAAGAUGUGUGAUGCCAACAUUCAAGAAGAUAGUUGAACAAGCUAGGAAAACAGAACUGUUGCUUCCACACCAAAGAAAACGACACCAUUACAGGUUUCAUGCCACAAUCUUGCAUGGCAGUUUAGGCCUGCAUUUUGGUUAUUAAAUGCUUGUUGUGCAUAUAAAUAAGGGGUUAUGGGCAAAGCGACAAAAAAAUGCUCCUGGAAUAAAGACAGAAAGAACAACAGUGAUGACAGACAGCUUCAUAAUAAGACAACUAUUUACUUGACAACCUCGAAUAAGAUAUUGAAUUCCAUGUUAGGGCAGUAAGAUUGACUUAACUGGCAAUAAAUCUGCCUUGAGAGACCCCACCCCUCCCACCACUCCUUCUCAAUCUAAAAUGGACUUUGGUGCCACCUACUGGUUGCAUAUGGAAUUCAGCUCUUGGCUUUGGUUUAUUUUGCUUUAAAAGUCUGUAUUUUAUAACAGUAUGCUAAAAUAUUGCAUAUGAUUGUUUUUAUUUUACUAUAUGGAAACAGAAUAAAAGUAGUCACAGAUAUGCUUUGCUACAAAGUUUCAAUUAGAAUAAAAAUUGUCAAUUUUAUUGUACUCCCUGUGUAUAAUUUUCAGUAUUUUGUAAAAACCCUUAAAAUAAAUUAUCGUGAUUUAAAUUGUA